AUGGAAGAGGCCGCCUUCCCACCGCGCCAAAUCGAUGGCGUGGAGCUGUCGAGGUGCAGCUCCGAGGACCCCCUGAAGAACCGCGAGAAAGGCAAAGAGGUUGACAAGGACAUCGAGCAGCAAGACAGCGAGGAGGCCCACGGCCUGGCAGAUCCUGGCUGGGCCCGCCCCGUGGCCACGCUGAUCUACUUGUGCGUGGCCCUUGGCCACCUCAUCCUGGUGAAGGAGCAAUGCCUUGAGACGCAGUCGGACGGCGCCCUCUUCGUUUCGCUGGCUGUGCUGCAGGUGUCGUUGGGUUUCGAGGCCACGGUGUAUGCGGUGGGAGGCCUCGUGCAGCCUGGUGGCGUGGGCUUUGUUGUGAACUUUUUGGAGUCUGCUGGGCGCUUCCGUCUCCUGCUGGGUGCCACUGUCUGGGCUUGGCUGGUGCCUUGGGCUGCGGAAGUCCACUGCCGUUGCGGUGAGCAGCCUCCUCGAGCCACCGCAGUACUCGCUCAUCAGCAAGGCCAGACGUUGGCAUGCUUCGUGAGUGCCUACUUCGCCCUGCGUGAAGUCUGCGUCCUCCUCCGUGGCGAGCCACCGUCCGCUCUGGACCGGUCGGUUCAACCUCGCUUUGGCGACUGCCUGCCCAGCAAUGCGCUUCUUGGCGGCCAGUUUCGCAUGGACAAGGCCGAGUUUGAGCAGACUGGAAGGACGGUAUUCGUUCCAGCACGACUUCGCGCUGGCCUGGACACCUCCAGCGGACUCGCCCUGGCAGCGCACUUCGCAUCGGCCCUGGCCUUGCACCAGAACCAGUGGCUGCUCGCGACUCUGCUUUGCCUCCUGGCCCGGAGGCUCGGCGGAGCCUGGGAGGUGCUGUUGGGGCGCCGUGGAGCCUGGGCUCGUGAGGUUCCACGUCUGCUCUGUCGCUUUGGAGAGCUGUGGUGGCUUCGAUGUGCUCUCUGGCAGCUGCAGCUAUGCGAGCUCGAUGCCAACGGUCAGCUUCCUCAAUGUGCUUUGAUUCUGCAUGAUGUGGCAAUUUCGGACCGCGUUGGACAACUCUUAGAUUGGCAGCACCUCCUGGCUGAAAAGGCCAUGCCGGAGAUAUGGCUGGAGAAGUACCGACCCAUCAAGUUCGAGGACGUGGUCGGCAACUCUGCUGCCGUGACGAUCCUCAGAUCGCAUGCCACCGCAGGCACCUUCCCCCACCUCCUCCUCACCGGUCCACCCGGCUGUGGCAAGACCACGGUGGUGCACUGUCUCGCCAGGGAGCACCUGCAAGAGCACUACGAGCAGGGCUGCAUCGAGCUGAACGCCUCGGAUGACCGAGGCAUCGACGUCGUGCGCGAAAAGAUCAAGGGCUUCGCGCAACAGAAGGUUUCUUUGCCAGAAGGCAAGUUGAAGGUAAUUAUUCUGGAUGAAGCAGACAGCAUGACCCAAGCUGCGCAGCAGGCCAUGCGUCGGACGAUGGAGAUCUUCAGCGAAACCACGCGCUUUGCCUUGGCGUGCAACAUCUCUUCGAAGAUCAUCGAACCCAUCCAGUCCCGCUGUGCGAUCCUUCGUUUCAGCCGAAUAUCCGACGAGGACAUGCUUCAAAGGCUGAAGCUAGUGUUGGAGAAGGAGGGCGCCCCGUACGACCAGUCCGGUUUGGAAGCCUUGGCUUUCUCCGCAGAGGGUGACAUGCGCAACGCCCUGAACGGAGCGCAGUCGACCUUCAACGCCUUCGGGGAAAUCAACAAAGCCACGGUCUUCAGGAGAGACGGAGAGGGGUUUAGGGUUUUAGGGUUUCAGGGUUUCAGGGUAUUAGGGCUUUAG